AUGGGGAGUUCAACUGGCUGGAUCUUAUCUGGACUAGAUCGUGCCUCAGGAGGACUAGCUAUAUUUUUUCUGGUGGUUUUUCUAAUUCUUCUGCAACGUUGUAUUUGCAGAAUGAGAAGUAUGGCCUACACGGAAAAUAAUGAAUCUGAUUCUGAAGAAAAUCCUGAAGUUGUUCUCACAAUGGGCUUGCAUAAAGAAAGUCUAGAUGCUCUGCCUAUAUUUGAAUACAAAUCAGAGAGUUGCAAACAAGGACUAGAAUGUGCAGUCUGUCUGUCUGAAUUUCAAGAGAAUGAGAAAUGCAGAAUCUUGUCAAACUGUAAUCACAGCUUCCAUACAGAAUGUAUUGAUAUGUGGUUUCAUUCUCACUCUACUUGUCCUCUUUGUAGAACUCCAGUGCAAGCUUAUUCAUCUUCGAAGGUUAAUAAAGAGGAGGAAGCAUCCAUUUCCCCAAAUAAUAUUGGAGGAACGAAUGGCAGUGUUUAUGCCCAUUUGAUGAGAAGUCAAACAAGCUCUAGUGCGGUGCACUACCAGAACCCACCAGAUAUUGUUUUGUUGGUAAGAGAGGAUGAGAUGGAUCAAGGACUGCCCACUGGAAGACCAUGA